CUCGGCCGCCGUCGAGAGCUCGAUGGCCUGGGCUGUUAGCGUUCUCACCUUGGUCCUGUCGGAUCACUCACGUUUUCCAGCAGAGGGGCCACCGGUCUCUUCGACGAUUCUCUCUGGCCGUCCCUCCUGAUACCCUGCCAUGUGAGGUGCCUGUCCAUAGGGCAGAGCUGGAUUCACUGACCCGCUAGUUAUCCAGACCACUCACUUCAUUAAAACUUUUGACACCUCUCUCUCUGUCUUGUCGCCUUCUACAAAUCGAUUUCCGCCCUCAUAUUGCUUGCUUUUCGACGGGAACUGGAGAGGCGUACAACGGUGACUCCUGUCUUCUUUUCUGCAACCACGACGCAAUCUCGUUGUUCCCAUUCACGGCCUGGCCACCUCCUCAUUUGCCUGUACCACCAACCCAUCCGUCUUGGGGCCGCAUGUGUCUGUGAGGUGGAGGGUUGACAUCCACAUACAACUACCGAGUUGUCUUAGUCGACUGUCAUCCCUCCUUCUGUCUGUUCUUUCUUAACUUGUUGCUUCUCCUGCCUGCCUCUCGAGACGGAAUAGACGACGAAGCCAUCGGUGGAGCCGUGCUAGUCACCUGUUUCGUCGAAUCUGAGCCGCAGCAGCUCUUCUGAACCGCCCCUACUACAGCUACAUUGCAGCAUGAUCGCAGAUAUGCACAGCCCAUCCUGAUUCCUUUCUCUACCGUCCGUCAUUCUUCUUUUUCUUUCCACUCAUCAAAGCUUUAGCGUGCUAGUCGCGCUGCCCGCAGGCCCAUCCAACGCAUCUUCCCCAUAAAUCGACCCUUCCUUCACUCACCACAACCGCUGUUUUGGUACCCCUGCCGCUCGACCAGCAAGCGCAGACCCGCCGCGACGCAGCAAAUCCAAGCCUGGCCCUGUCGAUAUUUUGCCGGUGUGAGGCACAGACACGAACAGCCAGGGUCAGCCUGGAGCCCCUGGUCCCUGAACCAUUCGUCGCUCAACCAGUAUUGAGGAGGUAGCAGUGACCAGACACAGCUCCUCUUAAACUGCCCUCCCCACCCGCCGCUCUCGAGCUCCCUCACUCCCAGCCUGCUGCUGCUCGUCUGGAUGCCUUGGUGAUCCGCAGGCCGUUAUCGACGAGACCUUCCAGCACAGCUUCGAUUCUUCGCCUCGGCCUCCGCCAGGAUCAAGGCCACCAAGUCGACCAGUGUGGUCCAACAGUCGGCCGGAUUGACCUACAAGCGCGCUGCGCGAGGCCCUCGAGGCAUUCUUCAAAGUGGAAGCCGCCGAAUACGGGCCUGCUGGACGGCUGAAUUUGAACACGCCUUGUCUCGUAGUCGAGACGUCGUCUGCCGACAUCAACGAGAGAUCCUGGACUGAUCAUGGCACUCGAGGCCCCCCUCCGGUCAUCUAUUGGAAGUCAAAUAUCUCGCUAUUCCCAUCAUAACGACAUGUCUGUCUCGUCUCCUGACAACGGGUCGUUUCAGUCUCCUUUCGCCAACAUGUCGUCGAACGCUUCAGACCACUCCAACCACAAUUCCCUCCGUCCGUCAUCUAUCCAAAGGGUUCCUUCAACGAAUCUAAACCUCAUGAGCCCGAGUGAUAUCGUCGGCCCUUCUCCCGUGACGUCAACGGGUACCGAAACCACAGAGAUUGAGGAUGAGGAAUCGGAUGAAGUUCAACAGGCUCGUACUAGGCAUAUGAACCCGUCGCCACAUCCCCAGCUCAUGAUGCUUUCCACCAACAUUCCCGAUCAUGUGCGGCAGAGUAGUAGCGAGGAGGCUGUCUCAGUCAUACACGCGCCAGAAAGCUUCCAUAGCUGGGCUUCGACUGAGCCGACAGUGAAGCCGGAUCAAGUGAGUGAAAAGUCAUCGCCCAAAGCCGACACAAUAAGCCUCCCUUCUAUAACGGAACAUGCGAUGAAGUCCAGAUCACCUGGGCUUCCUACCCCCCCUCCCCUCUCGACCGACAUCAGGCCUGUUAGAUAUAGCUUAGACAGUGCUACACCCCGCGCUCAAGACCUGCAGGAUAUGCUGAAUGAGACUUCUCGUCUCAGAUCUAGCAGUACAAGUAGCCUUGAAAAAAUCGAUGAAGGUAAAGAGGUAGAGACUGACGCCGAAAACGACGACGAGGAGCCUUUCGCCACACCUGCCCUGCCCCGAGAAGAUCCGGAAAUCAGGGCAUUGAGGAGCGCCCUACAGGAAUGCUGGACUCUUUGCAACACCCUGGCCAAUUUGAGCUCGAUCCAUAGAACACGAAUGUUCAAUAGCUCGGGGACUCCUGACGCACAUGAGAAGGCAUGGAUGGCAUGCUGGAAAUUGUGCCAACGUCUAUACGACAACCGCGACGAAGACGUUUACGAUCACCACGUGCGAGAGAAUCUUGACCUGUGCCGUGACUUCUGCCAGUCGCUUUUCGAUGUUCGGCAAAAGAAGGACGAGGUCGCUGACUCUGUUUUGCGAGUUAGUUUUGAACUCAACAAUCAUCUCUAUAGCGCCCAGGAUAUUCAAAACCUACCCGAACCUUUCCGUGAGAGGACCUUGGACUUCUACAUCACCCUUUGCCACCGGCUCAUGAAGCAGCGAAGCGAGUUGGCCGACGAAACCGACUCCCUAUUGAAGGCGUGUUGGUCACUGGCAGAGAUGCUGUUCAGUCUGAGGCAGAACAAGCGCGACGGCCGAGCGCCCGAUGAGGAGCUCCUGUGCUCAGCUGUCCAGGCCUGUUGGGAGCUUUGUGACUUGUUCAGAGAUGGUUGGACCCAAGUCCGACCAGACCGGAAUACCCCACGACCGAGCCAGACCAGCUUUUUCGGUCACCAACAGCAGUACGAUCAGCCUUCUCGCGGCGAUAGCAGAGCUUCGAACCGGUCUUCCUACUCAAAGAGAGAAAGCCACAAGGGCCUACCUGAGGAACGACCCCGAAAGCCCCCUCCAGUCCCUGAAACUCCCGUGACGGAGUUCGAAGACACACCCAUCUCGCCCGAGAGCUCCUCCCCUCGGGUCCCAAACAUUCUAGUUCUCGGAACUACAUCAGACAGUGGACGCGGAGGUCGGUGGUCAAGCAGCGCUUCCCAGCUGUCCAGCUACUCGCAAAGCAGCAACAAGACCUCUAGCACAGCGACGACCGCCACGGCGGGUGAGGAUAGCAACAGCAGCCGCAUCAAAGCCCUCAUCAUCAAAGCGGCCAUGAACGUCGGCUUCACCCGGGACCCGGCCCUCGAUAGCAAAGCCGAGAAAGCAGCACUGCAGGCCUUUGUCAAGCAUAUGCCUACGGGGUCAUUCGGGUCUCUACCUGCGCACUCGACGCUUCUGCAGCACUACAAGAACCUGGUCCAGGCCGACUCGUCAUUCCGCGGAUCUUCGCUGCUCCCGGGUCGUGGGAAGCGCAUAUCUGCGCACGAUAUGGCCAAAAGCGUCCACUACAUGGGCCAAAGGGCUAGCCAGUAUGGCUUCUUGCGUGACCUCUAUAAGCUGGUGUUUGGCUUCCCGCCGGAGGAAGGCGAGUCGAGGAAGUCGACCACGAUUGCCAUCUGAUCAUCCUCCUCUCUCCCCAUCUCUUCGCAUUCUCUUUUCCUGUUUCUGACAACUCUCAGUCGUUUAUCCAACAAAGAUGGCACCAUCACCAUCAUCAUUCACACUCACAAAGAAGAGACAAAGCGUGGGCUCAUUCGGACGGAAUAUGGCUUGGAGAGGAUUUCUACUUGACUUGAAACUUGCAUACGCAGCACGCAUGAGCAGCAACGGAGGCGAUGCCCGUUUCUUCGUUUCGAAUGCACUAGAUACCCAUCGUGGAAGACCUUUUGGCGCCGGGAGCUUGGACAUUGGGGGGCUAUAAAAUCGCAUAUCAACAUUGUUUUUACUCUAGGUAGAGAGGAGGCAGGCUCGAAAGCGUCGUUCAUUCUUACCAAUUGUCAACAUAAAUACUAUGGUCACGUCUGAGAAAGGAAUUCAACUGGUAUAGCCC